AUGACGACCGAAAGUCGUAUAUCUACUCGUUUUCUUGACGCUGACAAAGAGCCUCUUCGAGCCUUGACACCAAUUGAAGGCUAUGAAAAGAAACCACUAGUGCCACUUGAAGAAGCUGUUCGACCAUUGAGGCACCUGCUUCAUAAUCUAGACAAUAUGGUAUCCACUGCCAAGUGGAAUACGCGUGAGCCACAAGAUAAUCUUACUCCAGAUGAAUCGGCCGCUAUUCAUCUUUAUACGAUGCAGUGGCAAAAGCCUCAUCCUAGUCUCUAUACACUUCUUAAUCAAACACUUCGUUCUGAACAACGAAUCGACCUUAUACCAUGGUUUCUUUAUCUUAAGCUUCUUCUCACUGCCUUAUACAAACUUCCAUCAAUCAAAGAUAUGAUUUGGCGUGGUAUUCGUGGAGAUGUUAAUAAUCAAUACAGAACAGAUCAGAUAUGGUGGGGCAUCAGUUCAUGUACAGACACGAUGGAAGUCAUGGAACGAUUUGUAGGUCGUUCGGGCGUACGUACUUUAUUCAAUAUAGAAACCAUCAAUGGUAAAUCGAUCAAAGCUCAUUCUCAUUUUCCGAGCGAGAAUGAAGUUCUUCUGAUGCCUGUACCACUACGUUCUACCAAUAUUGAUGGUCAUGCCAAAUGGACAGAGAAUGGUCUCACUGUGGCUGGAGGUAAUCAACAAGGUGAUAGUAUUAACCAGCUCAAUCAUCCAUGCGGUUUAUUUGUUGACCAUAAUCAAAACGUUUAUAUUGUUGACCGCUAUAAUCAUCGUAUUAUGGAAUGGAAACUUGGUGAGACGAGUGGUCGAGUUGUUGCUGGAGGAAACGGACAAGGAAGUCGAGAUGAUCAGUUAAGUCUUCCUACGGAUGUAAUUGUCGACACAAAAACUGAUAGUCUUAUUAUUUGUGAUGCAGAAAACCGACGAGUGGUACGAUGGCCUUGUCGGGGUGGCACAAAUGGAGAAAUAAUCAUCUCGAAUAUAGAUUGUUUUGGUGUGACAAUGGACGAUAAUGGAUGUCUUUAUAUUUCUGACGACAUAAAGAAUGAAGUUAGACGUUGGAGAAUAGGAGACACUGAUGGAGAACUUAUAGCGGGUGGUAAUGGAAAAGGAAAUGGUUUCGAUCAGUUCAAUCGUUCAACAUACAUAUUCGUCGACAAGGAUUAUUCACUAUAUGUGUCAGAUUAUAUAAAUCGUCGUGUUAUGAAAUGGAUGAAAGGUGCAACCGAAGGUAUUGAAGUUAUCGGUGGUUGUAAUAUUGGAAAUGAUCCUUCAAAAUUAUCACGUCCUCGAGGAUUAGUUGUUGAUCAAUUAGGUACUAUCUAUGUGACUGACUUCGAGAAUCAUCGAAUUAUACGUUGGUCGAAAGAGGCCAAGCAAGGAAACAUCCUUGUCGGUAGAAAUGGUCAAGGAAGAGAAUCAAAUCAGCUCAAUGGUCCUAAUGGUUUAUCAUUCGAUCGACAGGGUAAUCUUUAUGUUGUCGAUUGUGACAAUAAUCGAGUGCAACGAUUCGAUAUCGAUUUAGGAUUUUUACCUUAG